AAUAAUAAACUUUUUCCAGUUAAGUAAUUAACGUUUUAUUCAGCUGUAUAUAGAGCACGGGAUGUUCAGAGAGCAAUAAAUGAGAACAGGGGAGACGUGAAUCAUGCUGAGACAAUGUCCACAAUUCAAACGUUUGCUGUUAUGGCUAACAUUUUGUGCCAUUAUCGUAGGGUUAAUAACAUUACUAAUUCUAUACAGAACACCAAAGCUAUUGGAACACAAAAUACGACAAACACAUGUGAUGGAUGAAAGCAAGGUUGCCUUAGAUGUAGAUUCUCACCAGCCAACAACUCGAAUUAAUUCAGCAAGUUUUUCAAAAAAUCCCAAAUCAUCUCAACAUCAUAGUCAAAUUAAGGAGUCUGAACAAAACGAAUCAAAGUCUAAAACAAUUAAAAGUGACAUCACAAACAGUGUAAACCCUGUAGAAUCUCAGAGGCCAAUAGCUACAGCUGUUUCAAUAGGUUCUCAAAGAGAAAAUCUCAACCCAGCUGAAGAUGAUAUUCACACUAAAACGCACAAAGUCGAUGAAACCAAAGAAUCAUUAAAUGAUACCCAUGCAUCAAAAACUCAAAAGAAUCUCACCUCAACUCAAAAUGACAGUAAAAUAUACACCAAAUUAAAUGAAGGAAAUGAGCCACCGUCCUCAAGUAAGAGCAUCAAAAAUAUUGACCUAAAUAUAAAGAGAAUUGAUACAAGAGUAGCCUUGAAAGAUUUUGAAUUUAAUUGUCCCAGAGUGGUUCUUUAUUCAAUUUUCCGAGAUAAGUUUCCAAUUUGUGUUUACACAAUGGGAAAAGAUAAAUACGUUUCAGGUGCAUUCCUUACUGGUGGUUACUGGGAAAAGCAAUACGUAACUGCUGUGAUGAAAGAGCUCAUGAACCACCCCAAAUGGGGGUUUCUCGAUAUUGGUGCAAACAUUGGAACUUACACAAUCCCUGCAUUGAAACUUGGCAGCAAAGUUAUAGCAAUUGAGGCCAUGCAAGGAAAUGUUGAUAGAAUCAGUAAAGCUGUACAACUGAAUAAUCUGCAUGAGAAUUUAACUUUACUACAGAAUGCAGUUUAUGACGUCCACACAGAACUCACAUUCAAACCUGAUAAAGGCAAUGUUGGGGGAACACACGUUGUAGGAAUAACAAAACGCAAUGAACACAUAAAUGAAACGGUUAAAACAAUAUUCCUAGAUGAGACGCUCCAGUUUAUAGAUUUCAAAGAAGCAAUUAUGAAAAUAGAUAUAGAAGGCUCUGAAACCAAUGCUUUUAGAAAAGCUAAGGAGCUCCUAGAUAAAGUUAAAAUUGUUAAAAUCUAUAUGGAAUUUAAUAUAAUAAGAAAAUCUAUGGAUGUUGUCGACUUUUUAGAAGUUAUGCUCCAUAGAGGAUAUAGUAUAUAUAAUGCCAGGUACCCAACAGAGCCAUUACCAUUUCAGAAAGUACAGGAUUAUUUACUGUGGAGUUCAAAUAUAAUUGAUAUAAUAUGUAAGCACAAAGGGUUCACUGAUUAAAUGCCAAAUAAACUCAAUCUGAUUGGAUGAGUGGUAUUAUUGUAUGUAAAUUUCUAAAUGCACUUUGUCAACACAUUAGCAAGAGACACGGUGAUACAAAUUAUACUAGCUUCAAAUCGAAAAAUGAAGUGCCCACCAAGUGGUCUACCCAGCAUGCCCUAAACCUAAGAAAUUCUUGAAACUAGUGUGCUCUUGCAUCUGAAUGAAUUUAGUUCAAUGAAUAUGUAGUUUUCCUAGAAUUUUGAUGACAACAUUUUUUAGGUCAUCUCUUGCAUCUCAUGUUGCUUAGACUGUUUUUGAACUGCCCGCGGCGCAAGUAUAUUGCAUAAUAAGUGAACUUGGA